AUGGGGAAGGUUCAAAAGGCAGGUAUGCGGGUGGCAGAGAAUUUGGAAUCCGUUGGUAGAGACAAGUGGGCUAGAGUGUAUGCAUCUUGUAACCGAGGGUGUACAAUGACUUCUAACAUAGCCGAGUGCAUUAACCGAUAUCUUCUAGCUGCUAGAGAACUGCCUAUAUAUGACUUUCUAGAAGAAGUUAGAAGGAUGAUUGGGAGAUGGAAUUACAAUAACCGGAGAAAUGGAACAUACACGUUCACUACACUCGGUAAAAAGUUUCAGGAGAUGCUCUCAAUCAACGAGUAUCUAUGUCUACGAAUGACGGUAGAACCAUCAAUCGGAUUCGUGUACACAGUACAUGAUGGAGGAAGGCGUUUCAUUCUUAAUUUGAAUAACAAAACUUGCAGUUGUCGUAUGUUUCAAUUAGAUAAAAUCCCCUGCUCGCAUGCAUGGGCUGUCAUUAAGAAGAAAAAUCUGGUUGUUGAUGAUUAUUGCUCUGAUUUAUUCAAACCGGAGAUCGUGGUGAAGACAUAUGAUGUAGCUAUGGAUCCUCUACCGAACGAGCGUGAAUGGAAGAUUCCCAAAUACAUCUUGGAGGAUGUGGUUUUGCCACCAAGAUACAAGAGACCGCCUGGUAGGCCAAAGAAGAGGCGUGAUAAGCCUUUAAGUGAAUUGCUUCUUUGGGAAGAAAAGACAUGCUUGCAGUACUUGUGGACGACUUAG